AUAGUCUAUCUUUCUAGAAGUACACAUGGAGAAAACUUUAAAAAAUAAAGUUGUCGUUAUAACCGGCGGCGCUGCCGGUAUCGGCUAUGAAAUAGCUGAUCAAUAUCUACAAAAAGAUUCUAAAGUCACAAUCCUUCUAGAUAUCGAUGAAAAACAAGGAACAGAAGCAGCAAAAACUCUAUGCACAAAAUACGGCGCAAACAAAGCUGUUUUUAUAAAAUGUGAUGUUACAAAGGAUUCGGAGACUGUCUCAGCUAAAAUUUUUGACACGUACAAGACUGUUGAUGUUCUAGUAAAUAAUGCUGGAAUUCAUAAAGAAAAACUUGGAAAAAAAACUAUCGAAACCAACGUCUGGGCAUUAAUCGACUGGUCCUUAAAGUUUUGGGAACACAUGAGAACUGACAAAAAUGGUAAAGGAGGUACGAUUAUAAACAUAGCUUCAAUUUAUGGCUACAGAGUCGAUCAAUACAUUCCCAUUUAUCAAGCAUCAAAGUUUGCUGUGAUGGGUUUUACGAAAUCAUUGGGACACGCAUACAAUUAUAGAAGAUCGGGCGUUAGGGUUGUUGCCAUCUGUCCUGGAUAUACUGAGACAAAUUUGAUAGCAGAACCAAAGACGUGGGAUGACGCAUGCUCAGCAGAUUACCACGCGUUUAUGAAGAAACAGCUUUGGCAGAAAGUGGAUUCGGUUGGUAAAGCCGCUGUCGAGGUAUUUGAAAACGCUAGUAGUGGUACUGCUUGGGUAAUCGAAGGAGCGAAGCCUAUUUUUGAAGUUUAGAUUAUUGAGGUGAUCACUUCAACCAACUGUUUCUUUUUUUUAAAUAAUAAUGAAUGAAAUCUCAAA